GAGCGGUCGGGGUCGGCCUCUGGCUCUGCACGUGAGCUUCUUGCUUUUCCCCUCCGCCUGCAGAAAAAAGCCGCGCGUCCCCUUCUCUCUUUUUGCAGCGGGGGCAUCUGAAGGUUCCACCUACCCACCGUGCAAAGACGGAAAAGAGAGCUUAUGGCACUGCGAGACAGGUAGCUGUGAGAGAGGUGUGCUUCCCAUGCCUGAGAACUGAAUGCGUCCAAUUCCAAGCAUGCCAUUGCCCCAGUACAAUGCUGGGCCUGUCCGGCACCUGUGUUCUCUCUGCCGUCUGCUUCUCUGGGCUGAGAAGAGGCGCUGGGGGGCGCCUGGCGUUUGGAGGUCUUACUCCCAAGCAAGGAAGCCUGAAGGAAACCCGACGGGGAAAACGCCCCACCUGAAAAAUAAGGCAGAGAAACAGAAACGGCAGCGGGAGAAGCUGGAGGCCAUUGAAGCUGGGCUGCUUGCUGGGUCCAAGGAGCAGCCGCCAAGCCAAGCCAGGGGCCGAGCCUUGAAAAGCACCGUUCUGUACGACAUCCCAACUGCAGUUGGAGAAAAGAAAGAUACCUCGGCACCACUGCCCGUCUCGUAUAGCCCACAAUAUGUCGAAGCUGCCUGGUAUUCCUGGUGGGUGAAGGAGGGAUUUUUUAAACCAGAGCACCAGCACCUCCUGCCCCAUCGGAAGCCAGAAACGUUUUCACUCUCUCUCCCUCCGCCAAACGUCACGGGGUCCCUGCACCUGGGCCACGCCUUGACUGUGGCUCUUGAAGACGCUCUGGUACGUUGGAAAAGAAUGCAAGGCUAUAAAGUUCUGUGGGUUCCAGGGUCCGAUCAUGCUGGGAUUGCCACUCAGGCUGUGGUGGAAAGAAAGAUCUGGAAGGAGAGGGGAGUCCUCCGAAAAGAGCUCAAGCGUGAGGAAUUCCUCCAGGAGGUCUGGAACUGGAAAGAGGAGAAAGGGAACGAAAUAUUCCAGCAGCUGAAGGUGAUGGGAGCCUCAUUGGACUGGGACAGAGUCUGUUUCACCAUGGACUCUGGCUUCUCUCAAGCGGUGACCGAGGCCUUCGUACGACUGCAUGAGCAGGGCCUGGUGUACCGGGAGAGGCGCCUCGUGAACUGGUCGUGCGCCUUGCGAUCGGCCAUUUCUGACAUUGAGGUGGAGAACAGGCAGCUCAAAGGACGGAUGGAACUCUCUGUUCCCGGACUCCAAGGCAAAGUGCCAUUUGGGGUCUUGGUGACAUUUGCCUACAAAGUGGAAGGAGAGGAUGGCGAGGAACUUCCUGUGGCCACAACCCGUCCGGAGACCAUGUUGGGAGACGUCGCGGUCGCUGUCCAUCCAGACGACCCACGGUAUAGACACCUUCACGGCAAGAGACUCUGCCACCCGUUCACUGGCCGUCUCCUUCCAGUCCUUACCGACCCCUCUGUGGAGCAGGAGAUGGGCACAGGGGCUGUGAAAGUGACCCCAGCACACAGCCAUGCCGACUACGAACUGGCUCGGCGGCACAGCUUGCCGUUCAUCUCGGUUAUUGCGGAAGAUGGCACGAUGACGGCCGAGUGUGGGGAUUGGCUACAGGGGCUGCAUAGAUUCCUGGCCCGUGAGAAGGUGUUGUCUGCUUUGAAGGAGAGAGGACUCCAUCGGGGGGCCAAGGAGCAUCCCAUGGUGCUUCCACUUUGCAGCCGCUCUGGGGAUGUGAUCGAAACCCUCUUGAAGAACCAGUGGUUUGUCCGAUGUGAAGAAAUGGCUCAUGGGGCCUUGGAGGCUGUGGAGUCCGGAUUCUUGAAAUUGACCCCUAAAUUCCAUGAGAAAAACUGGAGGACUUGGCUCUUGAAUACCAGUGACUGGUGUAUUUCUCGCCAGUUGUGGUGGGGUCAUCAGAUUCCAGCCUAUCGGGUCAUGGUUCCUGGAUCGCCAGAUGUAGCAGAGCAGGAGGAGAGCGAUGGAUUAUGGGUAGUGGGCAGGACAGAAGCAGAAGCUCGGGGGAAAGCAGCAGGCAUGCUGGGAAAACCAGAAAAGGAUCUGGAGCUGGUGAGAGAUGCUGAUGUCCUGGACACUUGGUUCUCAUCUGGACUUUUCCCUUUCGCUGCGCUGGGCUGGCCCCAUAAGACAGCAGAUCUCCAGCAGUUCUACCCCAAUAGCCUUUUGGAGACUGGGAGCGACCUUCUCUUCUUCUGGGUGGCCAGGAUGGUGAUGCUGGGGAAACAGUUGACCGGAGAGCUACCUUUUUCUCAGGUUUCCCUUCACUCAAUGGUCCGUGAUGCUCAUGGCAGAAAGAUGAGCAAAUCUCUUGGGAAUGUGAUCAACCCUUUGGAUGUGAUUUAUGGUGCCCCCUUGCAGGUGCUACAGGAGAAGCUUCAAAAUAGCAAUCUGGACCCGAGGGAGGUUGCCAUUGCUAUGGAAGGCCAGCAGCGAUAUUUUCCUCAAGGAAUUCCCGAAUGUGGAACCGAUGCCCUCAGGUUUGCUCUCUGCUCCUAUUCUGCACAAGGUGACGGCAUUAACCUUGACGUGGCUGCGGUGGAGAGCGCCAGUCGUUUCUGCAACAAAGUGUGGAAUGCCCUGAAGUUUACUUUGGGAGCCUUGGGAGAAGGAUUUAUGCCAGUGGAGCCAGAGAAGGUCUUCCCUAGCUCCCCGAUGGAGCGCUGGAUCCUCAGUCGUCUCUACCACACAGUGGAAGAUUGUGCCCGGAGGUUUGAAGAGUACGAACUGCAUUCUGUCGCUUCCUCAGUCCAUCUUUUCUGGCUGCACGAUUUCUGCGAUAACUACUUGGAGUCUGUGAAGCCCAUAUUGAGGAGUGGGGAUCCGUCUCAGCUACUCUCCACCCGCCGGACCUUGCACAGUUGUGCGGACGUGGCUCUGCACCUCCUUUCUCCCUUUAUGCCUUUCCUCACAGAGGAACUGUGGCAGCGCCUCCCCAGGAUCGGAUCCCAGUCUCCUCCCAGUAUCUGCGUGGCCAGAUAUCCCAGUGCAGAGCAACUGGCUCACUGGCGUCAUCCCGACGAAGAGGCAAACUUCCUGUUAGUACAGGAAGUCAUUAGAGCCGUCCGUGCCCUGAGGGCAACUUACCAGCUGACCAAAGCUCGGCCAACAGUGUAUCUGGUUUGCCCAGAGGCAGUUCCCCGUGGCGUAUAUCAGACCUACCGAGAACCCCUGCAGACUUUGUCCUUGGCUGGAACUCUGAAACUCCUCUCAGGUAUCGAGGGAGCAGAAUUACCUGCAAGUUGCGUGGCUGCGAAGGGGCACGAGCACACUGCCAUCUAUGUGGAUCUGCAGGGAUUGGUUGAUCCCCAAAAGGAGCUCCUCAAAUUUGCAUCUCGGCAAAAGAAACUGGAGCGGCAGCUGGCAGAUCUCACCGUACGGGUUCAAGGGGCCAGAUAUCAGGAGCAGGUCUCCCCAAAAGCCAAACUGGAUCACCAGCAAAAGAUUUCCUUGCUGCAUUCCGAGCUGGAGCAAAUAGAACAGGCCAAGUCAGCCCUCCAGAAGAUGCCUGUGAGGCAGGGAUUGUCUCCUGAACCACUUGAGUAGUGAGGACUGGCAGAAUUAGCCUUAGGUGGAUUAAAUGAGAAGAUAUGGAAGACUGGGAAAAUAAGUUGGAAGCUCUGUGCGGUUCUGAGACACCCAGUUCUGCGAUGGAGCCUGUCUUGCAGCAAGAUAAAGGGUGGCGUUGGGUCGGCACACUGACUUGAUUUUGAACACUUGGGGUCACCAGCUGGACUCCAGAAGCCUCCAUGGACUGACAUGCCGCCUUCACAAGUUUAGAGAAGGGAUAUUUUAUCGCCAACAACAACAACAAUAAUAAUAAUUUAUUAUUUGUACCCUGCCCAUCUGGCUGGGUUUCCCCAGCCACUCUGGGCAGCUUCCACAAAAACCAAAAAUACACUAAAAUGUCAUAUAUUAAAAACUUC